AUCAAUACAUUCGUGGAAGAUAGGGAAAACGAAAAAAGGAUAGUUACAACGCAACUUCAAAAAAGAUUAGAGAAUCUAUGGAACGAUCUGCGAAAUGUUUUUUCCGAUUAUCGUAAAAGUACAGAAGAUCGACGAAAAGGUUACGAAAUCGUCAGAAAAAAGGAUCAGAUCGAUCAACAAAUGAUAACUCGACAAAAUAUGCGUAUCGCGAUUCUUCUCGACGAGAUCAUGAAAUUUCGUAGUAAGAUUAAUUCUUACAAGAUAGAAUCUAUAAUUGAACUACAAGAAAUGACAAAAGAAUCAAAUUUCUUUCAUAAUGCCUAUCGAGAAACGAACGAACGUUUCAUCUUUGGUACAUAUGUUCGAUACAUCUCUCACUUAACCACUUACGCUACCAAUAAACUCACGGUUGCGCGUGCCAUGUGCUACAAUAUAACACGCGACAAAUGCCUAUCGAUGUGGUAUACACGUCGCUGGCGAUUUUGGAACAAAAGCGUAGCACGUCUGUCUAGCGCAAGUGGUUAACCGGGGCGGUAGAUUGUGACAGUGAGUGAUUUAUUAGGUUGCAAGAAAGAUAAACAUAAAACAAUGACGAUGUCUAAGGAAUAUAAUCAUAGUGUAAAAUACAUGAAAGAUUUGGUGAUCAAAGCUGAACGUAUACUCGCUUACAUGCAAAUGUGUCGAAAAUACGAGACACAAGAUGAAAAAGUACUUCCAAUGAUUGAGUGUCAUCCUAUGCAAUUACCAACAACCGAUAACAAUAUCCUUCCACUUCAAACAACUAUGAAAGACUUUCAAUAUCUCAAUAAUUUUUGGCGUCGACUAAAUUUUGCGCAAAUAAUCGCCAAAGAAUUACGUACAGAAAAAUGCCAGUUACUGAUACAAGCGAACUAUUUACGUAAAUUGAUGAAACGCUACAUUAUUGAUGAGACAAGUCCGAUGUAGUUCGAAGCAUAUAUUUUGACAAAUCAAUGAAUAGUACACAUAACAAAGGUCUACUAAAAAUCGGUUUAUUAUCAUCAAGUACAAGUGUGAUGGUACUCAUAUACCAUUGAAAAUGACAUCUCACGUACUUACAUGAGAUCAUAAACGUUAGAUCAUAAUAAAGAAUCAAAAAUGCAGUAAUAUGAACAAUUUGUGUAAGAAUUUCAAAUUUCUUAUGCAUUCCUAUAACAAGCAUACAGUGUAUCGAUAAACAUGAGACGUGUAGAGUAUAGCUUGUUUCUAAUAAAUAGAAUUGUUCAUAGCUGCAAUAAUUCAUUAUAAUCACAAAUCUAACUUAUUUCGCAUAU